ACAACAAUUAACAAGCAACAACAACAAUUUACUUGCAAAAAAUAAAGCAACAACAAAAAUUAACAAGCGAAAAUACAAUUAUAACAGCAGCAGGCUAGCGAAUACAACAAGAACAACAACAUAGGUGCAGCAAAGGUGAAAAUAAUAAGAUACUUUACGGCGUCAAACAAUAUGGAGCUUGUUUCAAAAUCUAAUAUGAGCGCCUUAGAGGAUCGUUCUUCAAAAAGCAUGGAAAAAUUAAAAAUGUUGGAUAUAACGCGGGAUCGACCAGUUAAAGUGGCAGUAAAGGUGGCGGUACCGGUGCGAGAUCAUCCAAAGUUCAAUUUCGUUGGCAAACUCUUGGGUCCCAAGGGUAAUUCUAUGAAGCGUCUUCAAGAGGAGACAAUGUGUAAAAUGGCGGUCUUGGGUCGUGGCUCGAUGCGUGAUCGUAAAAAGGAGGAAGAGUUGCGUGCCAGUGGCGACAGUCGUUAUGCACAUCUCUUUGAGGACUUGCAUGUAGAGAUUUCCACAUUUGCAGCGCCUGCAGAAGCUCACGCACGCAUAGCAUACGCGCUGGCCGAAGUGCGAAGGUUUUUGGUGCCGGACUAUCACGACGACAUACGACAAGAGCAAAUGUGGGAAAUGCAAGCGUUGACUUCCUCAACUUCGCUGACCUUCACCGACGAUCAGCACAGUCCCAAUCGCGGUGGCGUCACCGAUAUGGAUACAUCGAAUGAUGAAAAGCUCGAGUUGGAACCGAAUGGUAUGGAAUGCAAUACACUUGUGGAUAAGAACGAGGCACAACAGGUGAGUUUAAGCAAUGAACAGCAACAACAACAGCUGCAUCAACACCAACAACAGCAACAACAACGCAAUUUACAUCAUUUACUACAUCAACCACCACCAACGUCGGCACGUGGCCCCAACACGCCCGUCGCCACAGUAGCAACUCAUCAUCACACCAAUCUCUUGCCGACCAAUACCGAUGGUCUCUGUCAGAAAGCGAGUGCCGGCAGCACAGCAACAGCUAUGAAUUCCUUUCCACUAGUACACCCAGCAGCUAUGUCGGUUGCAUUACAACACCAAUUGACCGCAGCCAGUAUUGGUAAUAUAUUGAAGCCAGCCGCACCGACGGCAGCUGGUGUGCCUACGGUGACUGAUUUGCAUGCGGCAACACAACAGCCGAACACAGCCGGCGGCAUAGCACUGCCAACGGAGGCUGAAGCGCCCAUGGCAGCCACAUUGGGUUUGUUGGAUCCACCCACUGGUGCGUUGUUGCACCCGGCGUUGCGCAGUGUCAAGGCAAUCAAUAUUGCGGGUGGCUUGGCCCGCAAGCGGCCACUAUUGGGUGUGCCACGUUCUAGCAUGAAUCCAACUAAACGCACUGUAAUGACUUUACUAGCCAGAGCCAAGAACUCGCAGGCUUUGCACGCGGUACGAAAUCCGAUUGCAGCAGCUACGGCGGCCCGAUUUGCUGAUCCCUUACAGAUGCUUACCUCCCCAUUUAUAUUGUCAUCGCAACCCAUGGAUCAGUCGAUGCUAACAUUUCCUAAGGAAAGUCUCGCACAAGGAGUCUAAGUCUAAUUCACACACACAAAAGACAAGGUAUUUUGAAAUGAAAAAAAUUGAUCCUUAUUGAGCCCGCCUCCACCUACACACCAAUGUAUUACAAUUAAGAAAUCACAAAAUACAAGAUUAAUAUUUAAUAUAUAAUAUAUAUAUAUAUAUAUAUAAAUAUAUAUUUAAAAACAAAAACUCGCCCAACGCAAAUAUAAAUUGAACUUAAAGCAAGAAAACACAAAAACAAAACAUGAACUGUUAAAUUAAAAAUAAAGUAAAAAGUGAAAAUAAAAAUAAAGUAAAAAAAAAUUAAUUAUACAGAUAUUUAUACAAUUAUACCUAAACUUAUCGGAAUGUUGAAAUUAACGACACAUUACGAGUAUUAUGAA